AUGAAGGUGGCUGCUGCGCGGCGGGAGGCUCAGCUGCGCCGGGCGGGGGCGGCGCCGGGGCCGCGCCUGUAGGACUCGGGGCCGGCGCCGCGGGAUGGGGACGCGGCGCGGGGAGUGAGGCGGUGGCGGCCGCAAGCGGAACUUCGGCCCGAGAGACUCGCCCGCUGCCGCUUGUGUCCGGUCGGCCUCCACCUGCAGCCCCGCGGCCCCCGCGCCCCGCGGGACCGGGACGGCGACGACGGGGGAAUGUGGCGCUGGGUCCGGCAGCAGCUGGGUUUUGACCCACCACAUCAGAGCGACACAAGAACCAUCUACGUAGCCAACAGGUUUCCUCAGAAUGGCCUUUAUACACCUCAGAAAUUUAUAGAUAACCGGAUCAUUUCAUCAAAGUAUACUGUGUGGAAUUUCGUUCCAAAAAAUCUAUUUGAACAGUUCAGAAGAGUGGCAAACUUUUAUUUUCUUAUUAUAUUUUUGGUUCAGCUUAUGAUUGAUACACCUACAAGUCCAAUUACCAGUGGACUUCCAUUAUUCUUUGUGAUAACAGUAACUGCCAUAAAGCAGGGAUAUGAAGAUUGGUUACGGCAUAACUCAGAUAAUGAAGUAAAUGGAGCUCCUGUUUAUGUUGUUCGAAGUGGUGGCCUUGUAAAAACUAGAUCCAAAAACAUUCGGGUGGGUGAUAUUGUUCGAAUAGCCAAAGAUGAAAUUUUUCCUGCCGACUUGGUGCUUCUGUCCUCAGAUCGACUUGAUGGUUCCUGCCAUGUUACAACUGCUAGUUUGGAUGGAGAAACUAACCUGAAGACACAUGUGGCAGUUCCAGAAACAGCAUUGUUACAAACAGUUGCCAAUUUGGACACUCUAGUAGCUGUAAUAGAAUGCCAGCAACCAGAAGCAGACUUAUACAGAUUCAUGGGACGAAUGAUCAUAACCCAACAAAUGGAAGAAAUUGUAAGACCUCUGGGGCCAGAGAGUCUCCUGCUUCGUGGAGCCAGAUUAAAAAACACAAAAGAAAUUUUUGGUGUUGCUAUAUACACUGGAAUGGAAACUAAGAUGGCAUUAAAUUAUAAGAGCAAAUCACAGAAACGAUCUGCAGUAGAAAAGUCAAUGAAUACAUUUUUGAUAAUUUAUCUAGUAAUUCUUAUAUCUGAAGCUGUCAUCAGUACUAUCUUGAAGUAUACAUGGCAAGCUGAAGAAAAAUGGGAUGAACCUUGGUAUAACCAAAAAACAGAACAUCAAAGAAAUAGCAGUAAGAUUCUGAGAUUUAUUUCGGACUUCCUUGCUUUUUUGGUUCUCUACAAUUUCAUCAUUCCAAUUUCAUUAUAUGUGACAGUCGAAAUGCAGAAAUUUCUUGGAUCAUUUUUUAUUGGCUGGGAUCUUGAUCUGUAUCAUGAAGAAUCAGAUCAGAAAGCUCAAGUCAAUACUUCUGAUCUGAAUGAAGAGCUUGGACAGGUAGAGUACCUGUUCACAGAUAAAACUGGUACACUAACAGAAAAUGAGAUGCAGUUUCGGGAAUGUUCAAUUAAUGGCAUGAAAUACCAAGAAAUCAAUGGUAGACUUGUACCUGAAGGACCAACACCAGACUCUUCAGAAGGAAACUUAUCUUAUCUUAGCAGUUUAUCCCAUCUUAACAACUUAUCUCAUCUUACAUCCAGUUCCUGUUUCAGAACCAGUCCUGAAAAUGAAACUGAACUAAUUAAAGAACAUGAUCUCUUCUUUAAAGCAGUCUGUCUCUGUCACACUGUACAGAUUAGCAAUGUUCAGACUGAAUGCAUUGGUGAUGGUGCCUGGCAGUCCAACCUGGCACCCUCACAGUUGGAGUACUAUGCAUCUUCACCAGAUGAAAAGGCUCUAGUAGAAGCUGCUGCAAGGAUUGGUAUUGUAUUUAUUGGCAAUUCUGAAGAAACUAUGGAAGUUAAAACGCUUGGAAAACUGGAACGGUACAAACUACUUCAUAUUCUGGAAUUUGAUUCAGAUCGUAGGAGAAUGAGUGUAAUUGUUCAGGCACCUUCAGGUGAGAAGUUGUUAUUUGCUAAGGGAGCCGAGUCAUCAAUUCUCCCUAAAUGUAUAGGUGGAGAAAUAGAAAAAACCAGAAUUCAUGUAGAUGAAUUUGCUUUGAAAGGGCUAAGAACUCUGUGUAUAGCAUAUAGAAAAUUUACAUCAAAAGAGUAUGAAGAAAUAGAUAAACGCAUAUUUGAAGCCAGGACUGCCUUGCAGCAGCGGGAAGAUAAAUUAGCAGAUGUUUUCCAGUUCAUAGAGAAAGACCUGAUACUACUUGGAGCCACAGCAGUAGAAGACAGACUACAAGAUAAAGUUCGAGAAACUAUUGAAGCAUUGAGAAUGGCUGGUAUCAAAGUAUGGGUACUUACUGGAGAUAAACAUGAAACAGCUGUUAGUGUGAGUUUAUCAUGUGGCCAUUUUCAUAGAACCAUGAACAUCCUUGAACUUAUAAACCAGAAAUCAGACAGUGAAUGUGCUGAACAAUUAAGGCAGCUUGCCAGAAGAAUUACAGAGGAUCAUGUGAUUCAGCAUGGACUGGUAGUGGAUGGGACCAGCCUAUCUCUUGCACUCAGGGAGCAUGAAAAACUAUUUAUGGAAGUUUGCAGAAAUUGUUCAGCUGUGUUAUGCUGUCGUAUGGCUCCACUGCAGAAAGCAAAAGUAAUAAGACUAAUAAAAAUAUCACCUGAGAAACCUAUAACAUUGGCUGUUGGUGAUGGUGCUAAUGACGUAAGCAUGAUACAAGAAGCCCAUGUUGGCAUAGGAAUCAUGGGUAAAGAAGGAAGACAGGCUGCAAGAAACAGUGACUAUGCAAUAGCCAGAUUUAAAUUCCUCUCCAAAUUGCUCUUUGUUCAUGGUCAUUUUUAUUAUAUUAGAAUAGCUACUCUUGUACAGUAUUUUUUUUAUAAGAAUGUGUGCUUUAUCACACCCCAGUUUUUAUAUCAGUUCUACUGUUUGUUUUCUCAACAAACGUUGUAUGACAGCGUGUAUCUGACUUUAUACAAUAUUUGUUUUACUUCCCUACCUAUUCUGAUAUAUAGUCUUUUGGAGCAGCAUAUAGACCCUCAUGUAUUGCAAAAUAAGCCCACCCUCUAUCGAGACAUUAGUAAAAACCGCCUCUUAUGUAUUAAAACAUUUCUUUAUUGGACCAUCCUGGGUUUUAGUCAUGCCUUUAUUUUCUUUUUUGGAUCCUAUUUACUAAUAGGGAAAGAUACCUCUCUGCUUGGGAAUGGCCAGAUGUUUGGAAACUGGACAUUUGGCACUUUAGUCUUCACAGUCAUGGUUAUUACAGUCACAGUAAAGAUGGCUCUGGAAACUCAUUUUUGGACUUGGAUCAACCAUCUUGUUACCUGGGGAUCUAUUAUCUUUUAUUUCGUAUUUUCCUUGUUUUAUGGAGGGAUUCUCUGGCCAUUUUUGGGCUCCCAGAAUAUGUACUUUGUGUUUAUUCACCUCCUUUCAAGUGGUUCUGCCUGGUUUGCCAUAAUCCUCAUGGUUGUUACGUGUCUGUUUCUUGAUAUUAUAAAGAAGGUAUUUGACCGACACCUCUAUCCUACCAGUACUGAAAAGGCACAGAUGUACUCCAACACAGUUGCUUUAAGUGACGAGUUCAUCGCACUGCAGCCAUUGUCGAGGGCAAGGAAUCAGCUGAGCAGACUUAGCUUGCUGAAACAAAUGCAGGUAUCAAGUGCUUGGACUCCAUAUGCUGUUUCCCAGAAGGAGAAGCAGCGUGCGCAUCUAUUGGAAGAAUGCUGGAACGAGUCAUAGGAAGAUGUAGUCCGACCCACAUCAGCAGAUCAUGGAGUACAUCGGAUCCUUUCUAUACCAACGACAGAAGCAUCUUGACUCUCUCCACAAUGGACUCAUCUACUUGUUAAAGGGGCAGUAGUACUUUGUGGGAGCCAUUUCACCUCCUUUCCCAAAAUUCAGUGUGAUCACCCUGUUCAUGGCCACACUAGCUCUGAAAUUAAUUUCCGAAAUCUUUAUAGGAGUUUAUACCCAGAGUUAUAAUGGCAAACAGACAGCUUUAAUACAAGCCCCUCCCAGCACCCUCAGUUUGAAUCUGAAUAUGUUAAAAUUUGAGAAUAAAGAGACAUUUUUCAUCUGUCUGGUUUGUCCCUUGUGCUUAUGGGACUCCUGAUAGCAUUUCAGUCUGUUGCUGAGGCCAUUAUAUUUUAUUAUAAAUGCAGGAAAAAAGAUAAAUCUUAGUAAAGUGUAUUUUUUAGUAUUAGCUUGCUUAUUGACUCUUCUAUUUAAAUCUGCUUAUGUAAAUUAUGCUGAAAGUUUGCCUUGAGAACUCUAUUUUUUUAUUAGAGUUAUAUUUGAAGCUUUUCCUGGGAAAAGUUAAUGUGAAUACUGAGGAAUUUUGGUCCCUCAGUGACCUGUGUUGUUAAUUCAUUAGUGUGUUCUAAGUUCACAGAGCAAAUUAGGAGAAUCAUUUCCAACCGUUGCUUAAGCAGUAUGGGGAGUAAAUUUCUACCAAUACCAAUUCCUCUAACUCUGCUGUAACCCACGGCCUGUAAAGUUAGCCAUAUAAAUGCAAGGGUGUAUCAUAUAUACAAGUCAGGAAUCAGGUUCGUUCACCAAACUUCCAAUUGAUGUUAACAAUUUUUGUGACAGAAUAUGAAGAACCUAUAGUGGGUAAAUUAGAUACCAUUAGCAUAUUAUGAAUUUAAUGUCUUUAUCAUUGGAUCUUUUGCAUGCUUUAAUCUGGUUACCAUAUUUAAAUUUGCUUUUUUUUCCUCUUUACCUGAAGGCUCUGUGUAUAGUAUUUCAUGACAUCAUUGUAAAGUUUAUAUCAAUAAAAAGUUUGGACAGUAUUUAAAUAUUGCAAAUAUGUUUAAUUAUACAAAUCAGAAUAGUAUGAGUAAUUAAAUCUAUUAAAAAAAAAAAAGAAGAGCCUCUUUCUGUGGCCAACUCAGAAUUGCUCUUUCCUUUCUGUAUGCUAGAUUUUAGAAUAAAGGGUUUCAGUUAAUAAUCUUGUGAUUUUCAGGUUACCAUGUUAUCUAAGUUAUAGGAAACUCCCACAAUAAAGUAAAUUCUGCCAGUGUCCCAGUGCAAGGCAUAUUUUCAGGUGUGGCUAUGGAACGUAAAUUGUUAAAGUUUAAAAUGCUAGUAUCAGGUAACGGCAGCAAUAAAUUAAAAUGCUGAGAAUGA